CAACGGAAACCAGCUGAGAGAAAGGGUAGAGAAGACAAGAUGGCGGAAUGAGUGGGUUGCGCUUUCGACAGACUGCUGCGACCCUUGGAGUUUACUGAAAACGCUCUUAAAGGACUGAAAAGACUGAAAAAGCAACAUUAUCAACGGAAGUGCAAUUUAAAAGGCUGAUCUUGCUCCUCAGCACCGAGGAGGUCCGGACAUUUUUCCGCGGCGGUCCUUGCGACAGCGUUAGCUUGAUGCUAACGUUAGCCAACGUUAGGUUUCAGUAGCUGCUACUUCGAGGUAGCUGGGUGGUUGUUGUAGGCCGUAAGCUUUUUCGGAUUAGUUCGGAUGUAUAUACAUCGAUACUGACAAGGCAUUUCGCGUUUCUCGGGGGAGGUUUUAUUUGAACGAAGAUCCAUUAUAUCCGGUAGCCUAUGAAUAAAGCGAACAUCGUCAGGAGAAAUCCACUUUCCAGCUUGCUUGUUAGGGUCAUUUUCGCCAAAAUAGUUUGGAGUAACAGCUAGUCCACACUUGUCUUCAUCAACGCCAACUGGACAUACAGGACUCUGUAUGUUCUGCUGACAAUCGGGCUAGACUGCCUCACACAAUUUCCUAAAGUGAAUCGGGUGGAGAUUUUCAUUUGGUGGAUAUUAUGGCGAGCAGCAGUGGCUCCAAAGCCGAAUUCAUAGUCGGUGGAAAGUAUAAGCUUGUCAGAAAAAUUGGAUCGGGAUCUUUCGGUGACAUAUAUCUGGCCAUCAACAUCACAAAUGGAGAGGAGGUAGCUGUAAAAUUGGAAUCACAGAAAGCCAGACAUCCACAGUUGUUAUACGAAAGCAAGCUGUACAAAAUCCUACAAGGUGGUGUCGGGAUUCCACACAUCAGGUGGUAUGGACAAGAGAAGGACUACAAUGUCCUAGUCAUGGAUCUGCUUGGACCCAGUCUUGAGGACCUCUUCAACUUCUGCUCUCGCCGCUUUACCAUGAAGACUGUCCUUAUGCUGGCAGACCAGAUGAUCAGCAGAAUUGAAUAUGUACACACAAAGAACUUCAUCCACAGAGAUAUCAAACCAGACAACUUUCUUAUGGGCAUCGGCCGUCACUGUAACAAGUGUUUAGACUCGUCAGUGGGGAAGAGGAAAAGAAGCUUGGCUGUUAGCUCUUCUCAGGACCCAUCUUUCUCAGGAUUAAACCAGUUGUUCCUUAUUGACUUUGGUUUGGCGAAGAAGUACCGAGACAACCGAACACGACAGCACAUCCCCUACAGAGAAGACAAGAAUCUGACUGGCACAGCACGCUAUGCCUCCAUCAAUGCACACCUGGGCAUUGAACAGAGUCGCCGUGAUGACAUGGAGUCACUAGGCUACGUGCUGAUGUACUUCAACAGAACCAGUCUGCCGUGGCAGGGACUAAAGGCUGCCACAAAGAAGCAGAAGUAUGAGAAGAUCUCAGAGAAAAAGAUGUCCACCCCUGUUGAGGUUCUGUGUAAGGGUUUCCCAGCAGAGUUUGCCAUGUAUCUGAACUACUGCCGCGGCUUGCGCUUUGAGGAGGCUCCAGACUACAUGUACCUGCGCCAACUGUUCCGCAUCCUUUUCAGGACUCUGAACCACCAGUAUGACUACACAUUUGACUGGACCAUGCUGAAACAGAAAGCAGCCCAGCAGGGGGCCUCCUCCGGGGGCCAGGGCCAGCAGGCACAAACCCCCACAGGCAAGCAAACUGACAAAUCCAAGCCUAACUUGAAAGGUUUCUGAGUGGUCUCUGCCCAGAGCAGAGCUGCAGAAGCGUUGGUGACCAGGACCAACAAGCCUCUCUUCCUGGACAAGCGACAAACAGAAAGUCUGUGUCUCUCCUUCCAUAAUAACUAUCUAUGUAAUGGAAAUGUAUAGAUUUACACACGCCUUUGUCCGCUGUGUUAUCUAUAUAUUCAUAUGUAUAUAUAAUAAAACUCUGCACUCCGAAAGAAAAGAAGAAUGAAAAAGCAGGUUUUUUUGGAUGUGGAGGCUGUAGCCCCCUGCCCCCACCCCCAGACACACACACCCUCCCCCCAUCCCUCCCUGUCUCUGUCCUUCUUUCAGUGUUGACUUUUUGUAAGGUUUCUUUGGAAACUGAAGUUAAGAAGAUAGUCAGCUGACCCUCUAUUUUUCUCUCCCAGUGGAAACAUCUCAAAGCAUCUUUUCCCCUCUUCACUCCUCGAUGAUUUCACUCCCUCCUUUUACCAAGCAAAUGUUAAACAUGUAAACCUGAAAACUGUUCUCCCUUUUUGUUUCUGAAAUAAUUGAAUGAUGCAACCCUGGAUGUUAUUUACUAAAAAAUCAAAAAUGUUGGAUUUUCUUUCUUGUUUUCUUUUUGUUUUCCUAUGGUGAUUAGGAGUUUGCCUGUUGACAAUAUAAGCAGCUGAUGGCAACAGUCAAUGGUAGAAUGAUACUCUGGCUCUCUCCCUCUCUCUUUAGAGCUCUGAAUUAUUAUUAAAUCUGUUGUAAAAUGGUCUUCUCCAAAAAUACCAAUAAAAAUAUUACAUAACUCUGA